AUGACCCGGCUGCGGCCCCCCCGCGGCCGCCCGGCCCGCGCGCUCCCCGCGCUGCUGCUGUUGCUGCUGCUGCGGACGCCGGCGACGCGGGGCAUCACGUGCCCUACGCCCACCUCCGUGGAACACGCGGGCAUCCGUGUCAAGAGCUACAGCGUGCACUCCAGGGAGCGGUACGUGUGCAACUCGGGUUUCAAGCGCAAAGCCGGCACGUCCAGCCUGACCCAGUGCAUGUUCAACGAGACCACGCAGACCGCCCACUGGACGGCCCCCAACCUCAAGUGCAUCAGAGACCCCUCCCUGACUCACCAAAGGCCAGUGCCAUUCUCCACGGCAACAACGGCAAGGGUGACCCUACAGCCAGAGAGCCCAUCCCCUUCCGGAAAAGCGUCAUCUCCCGGGGCAGACACCACGGUGGCCGCAGAGACAGCCGUUGCACCGCACUCCCCCUCCAAGCCGCCCUCUGCAGGACCCCCAGGCCCGGGCGGGCAGGAGUCCUCCCAGGCCCCCUCCCAGACCACAGCCGUGGGGACCUCGGAAGGCACGCCCUCUGCCCCCCGCCAGCCGCCAGGUGCUAAUCCGUUCAGCUCCAGAAAUGCCACCGGUAAGUAUUCCCCUUGGUCCAGCGUGUUUGUGAUCAGGGUGACCUCUGUCCCCUGAAUGAAUUCAACAGAAAAUGGUAAAUAGUAGAUGCUCACAUAUUGCACGAGUGAGCCCAUGAUUAAGUGCAUCGGAGGGCUCAAAUGUUUUAAAUAAAUAUUUAAGAAAUGUAGUUCAUGGUUUCAUCGCCUUAAAUAUCUGCUGGUUCCCUUGGCAGCACUUACUGUCAGUAAUUUUACACUGUUAUUCCAAUAUCUGGUCUCUCAUCCCUGUCCUUGAAGACUCCUGAUUGUAGAAUAGAAGGUCAGGGUGCAGCAUUGACAUGACCACAUUGGUGGGCUAACCCAGGAGGGAGGAGUGUGUUGUUCAGGAUGGUUUUGUGCCUCUAGUCUUCCAUAUCUGAGAUGAAGUUGCUGCAGUCGACAUGCUCAGCCUUUGACAGGGGCUGUGUUGCCUCCUUCAGCCGUUCAUUGCCUGUAAACUGGGUUCCCAUUCUGUGCCCAGGUGUGGUCCUGAGCUGAUGAGAAAUGAGUGAGUGUCAUUAAAACGCAAAUGUCACUUUAAAUGUACUCCAGUGUGUGGAACUGUAAAGGCUUAAUUCGAUCCAGGAAGUACUUUGAGUGUCUGCUCCAAACCCAGCAUUGACGACGUGCUUCGUGCAAUAGGAUUUAGAAAAGAGGCCGGGCGCGGUGGCUCAUGCCUGUCAUCCUGGCACUCUGGGAGGCCA